AAGGGGUGAGAGCAGCUUCCUAGAGAGUGAAGUCUUGGGAAUUGUGCUAGGUGUCAAGGGGAUGGCUAGGCUAGGCCGAGAGCCGCUGUUUUAAGGAGCUAGACGGACCACGAACUUUGAUCCAAGCGGAGAAGGCCCUGACCCUCCGGGGUUUUUGGUCUUUGACCACCUGUUAACUACUAAGAUUGGACCUUUUAAAAGUUUCCUCGUUCGGUGGCUGCUUCACUUCUCACUUAGUUUGCUGGCAGCUCGGAAGAGGCGCGUGGUGGAGCGGGGAAGAGAGCACUGGACAUGAAGUCCUGGGAGGCCUAGGCAGGUCCUGUAAUAAAAGUUAAAAUUCCAAAGGAUAAAGAUGGUAAACCAAAGCAGUUUGCAUUUGUGAAUUUCAAACAUGAAGAAUCUGUUCCUUAUGGAAUGAAUCUACUUAAUGGAAUAAAACUUUUUGGAAGGCCCAUCAAAAUUCAGUUCAGAUCAGGAAGUAGUCAUGCUUCUCAGGAGGUUAGUUCAUCAUAUUCCCAGCAUAAUCUUGGGAAUGCAAGUCCAUCUAGCAUACCACAGUCCACUUCAGCUUCCAGCAGAUACGAAAGGAAUAUGGAUAACUUGACAUCUGGAUAUAAUUCUGCACAAAUGCUACAGAGGUCUUUCUCAUCUCCAGAUAAUCUUCAAAGACAGGCUGUGAUGAACAACGUUCUGUGGCAGCAGCAGGGAUCAUUCAGUGGGAAGUUUGUGCCUCAGCACUUGGAUCAGCCUAAUUUUACACCCUCAGGGCAGCAGCAUGGUCAUUCAUUUAACCUUUCUUCAAGCUCCCAGUGGUGCCAGGAUACACCAAUGUCACAGAGAAAAACCAGGCAGAACUCCCAUCCCUACCAGUCAGAUAGGCUGUAUAGCCGUGAGCAGCGUUAUGGGGAUCAUGGAUCUGACCAUCAUUAUAGAGGGAACAGAGAUGAUUCCUACUAUGAAGAUAGGAUCCAUGAUGGUUGGAGCCAUGACUAUGAUAGCAGAAGAGAAAACAGUAGGGAUGGAAAAUGGCGCCCAUCUCGGCACUAAGUAUUGAGAUGAACUUAAAAAAAAAAAAAACAGGGUCAGAUUAGACCCUUUUGGCUACGUUGAUGUGGAAAUGACUUCUUUGAAAAACUGUAGAAAACAGCUCUGAAAGUUGUUACAUUUCCUUUUUAAAAACUUUUAACUUACCUGCAGUAUAAUACAGAGAGAAAAAAAUGGUGGUUCCAGUUUUAUUAUAUUAACAGCCUUUCACCUCAGGGUUUUAUGAAGAGGAAAGGUUUUUUUGCAGAAAACAAAGUGCCACAACUCCUAAUCAUUGUAGUAAGUUUAGGAAAAGGGGUGGAUUGUAAAGUUUGGUUGUAUUAUAAAGAAAAUAUUUUAAUUAUUUGUAACUUUUUGUAGUGUAACACAGUUGUCUUGGUAGUAAAUCCUAUUUUGGUGUGUGUGUGUAGUAGAAUAUACAUCAAAGUUGAUAGUCCAAAAUGGCUAUCUGUAUUUUGUUAUUAAACUGGAAAAUACUACUUUUCAAUGAUCCAUUUUACUGAAAAUAGUAUUCAGGCAGAUAUCCUUGUAAAAUUUGGGGAUAAAUCAUAUUGGUUUACCUUUUGAUAGAACUUAAAUGAGUUCUGUAAAGUUUGUUUGAGUUUAUCUGCAUUGAAUCGCACUGUAUAUUCAUACAUGUACAUCAGUAGAUUUAUUCUAAAAAUUAAGAAUUUUCAUGAAAUCAUGUUUGAUGUGACUAAAAAAUUACUCAGGAAGUAUUAAAUCUCUUCAAGGGUAUUUUUUUUUAACAUUUAAAAGACCCUAAUGAUACUCAUGUAUACCCCCUUUUUUUCCCCCAGGAAGUUUUAUCAGGGCAUAAGACAAAGUGGUUAUACAUUUUAUUGAAAUAUGCUUUUGAGAGUGAGGAAGGAUCUCCCAGCCCUGCCUUCUCUGCCUGAGUCACUUCACUGUUUUUUCAUUUUUAACGUCUUUAAGUGCUCAGUGGAUAUGUAGGGGUGGUUUUUGUUUGUUUUUUGUUUUUUGUUAUGGGAACUGUACUUUGCUUGUCUGUUUGAUAAGCACUUGAGAGAACUUAGUCUUAAAAGUCAUCAGAUUUUAAAAUCUUGUUUAAUGAGAAGUUUUUAGAUGCCAGAAUUAUACUGUUUCCAUUUACAUAAGAAAUAAACUUUUUGUAAAAUCACAUUUCUUCAAAAGUUUGGACCAUUUUUGUUUACACAAGAACUGAGCCAUUUCUUUCAUGUGGUUUUUUUUUUGUUAUAAGACCUUUGCCAGGAAAGAGUUUUGUUAUCUUGCCACUGAAUUCAAAAAAUUGCACAUGAAAAAUUAGGCCUGCCACUUUAUUUCAGUUGCAUACAGCAGUUAGUUGAAAGUUAAAGUUAAUAAUUUUAACUUAAUGUCUAUUAGAUACGCCCUGAAAUAAAUCUCAUAUACUUUUUUA